AUGUCGAGAACCCCGUUGCAAUGGCAGGCUAUUUCCGACAAUCGGCAUUUUGAUGGGAGACGGCGUGCCUCAGAUGACGAGAGUCAAGGACUGACAGCCACUCUAAGUUACCCUUACUCAACGCAUCAGCCUCCACGGUUUCUCUACCCCGACAUCCAAGGUUAUGAUCCCACGACGAUAAAUUCUCCAUAUCCUCGAUUUUCUUUUCAGGGUAGACCCUGGGACAAUGGUGCAGAGUCCAGCGGCACCCUCCCUUCAGGGAGCACUGGUUCUCUAGCCCUGCAUGGGGUACAACGAUCGAGUUUGCUGAAGGGGGUGGACUAUAGCGGGGCUCAUAACUCUUAUGACACUUCAAGUCACAGCCGUGGCUCUAUUGGGUCGCUAGGGCGAGCAAACGAUAUGGACUCUCAGUAA